CCCAAGUCUCUUCCCUGGCUCACCCACCCAAACAACAACAAAAAAAAUCCCAGCUUCUACUGGUAUCAGAACGAUGUUUACAAAGUCCUCAUUAAGGAAAGAAAGUAGAUAACAGCACACACACUCACUCACAGACACAGACACACACACAUACACACACACACAGUGGGACCAUCGGCAGUGAAAACGCAGAACUUCCCAGUUUAUAGAUAAGGGACCAAGAGAAAGCAAGAGAUAGGGAGUGAGAGAGAGAAAACACAAGAAGAAACAAGAUGCCACAGUGAAACUCAAUGAAGCCGCCCUUCAAACCAAACACCGGAGACGUCAGAGCUGCUUCGAGGGGCUAAUGCAGAAAUAAAUACCUAAGAUCUGGAAUAGGUGCAUUGCAAAACUGCAACCGGUGUCCUUCUAUACCUGGAGAAGGACAGAGCUACUGAUCUACCAGAUCAACCCCAGGACUCAACUCAUGUUGCUUAUACCAGGAACCACCUGAAACAGAGGGAUAACACACAACAACUAUUAAAAAAAAAAAGCUUGGAUAUUGUGUUUUUCUUUCCAGGAUAUACAGAGAGAAUCUACCAAAUUCAUUUCAAUUUUGCACGAAAAUUCCUGCAAAAUUGCAUGAAAAUUUCUGCAUACUGGAUAGUGGUUUCAGCUGAUACGUGCUCUUGCAUUCCUAACCAUGGUGGAUGUCAAAGCUUCCUCAAUCACCUCCAUGGAUUGCCUUUUAUUCCUCCUUCUCCUUUCAGUGCUUUUCUCUGGUGACGCUAGUCCCAUCAGUUCCCCAGAGAGGCACCGAACUGCCCCUGGGCUUGAUGAUGGACGUGGAGGGGUUGUGGAUCCUUCUCUUCUAGAGCAGAAUGGUGAGGUGGAUAUGCAAAAUCUGCUGGAGACCCUGCGCGGACAGUUUCUCCGGACCUUCAACCUGACAGGACAUGGACCACCCAUGCAGCUUGGUGCACCACGAGUGCAGCCGCCAGAAUACAUGUUGGAACUGUACAACCGGUUUGCUAAUGAUCGAACAUCUAUGCCAUCUGCAAACAUUGUACGGAGCUUCAAAAAUGAAGAGUACACCCCAAGCAGCAUGGGUCCCGAUGGCGUGAGACGACACCCUCUCCUUUUCAACAUUUCCAUCCCAAAUCAUGAGAGGGUUAUGGCUGCUGAGCUUCGUCUCUACACCCUCGUCCAGAUCGACAGGCACCUCUACGCUGGGGUUGACCGAACAGUGACUGUUUAUGAGGUGGCUCCACGGAAUGACAGUUGGUCCGAAGAGGGAGAAGAUGAACAGGUGCAGCUAGUGGAGUUGGCAUCACGGCAGGUUUACGGCACAGACAACGGCUGGGAAACUUUUGACUUGACUACUGCCAUGCAGCACUGGCGCAGUUCCAACUAUGGCAACACUCACAGACUGGAGGUUCACAUUGCAAGUAUAAACGUACAAAAUGGGUCAAAUUUUGAAGGUCCUGCCACAGGUGGUGACAUGGAAAUUGAUACUAGUCCAGAAGAGAGUCACAAACCUCUGAUCAUUGUUUUCUCCAAUGACCAGAGCAUGGAUCACAAAGGAGAAAAACAGGAGUUAAAUGAAAUGAUCAAGCACGAAAUCCCCAGCACAGAUCUGAAUGACAAUAUAGGGGUGGAAUUCAUGGAUCUCCUGGGGGAGCUUGGGAGUAUGGGACAAGAAGAAGGUAGCAAAGAAGAGGGACCUGAUGAAGAAGCUCUCUUACAGAUGCGCUCCAACCUCAUCUAUGACACAGCCUCCAGGAUUCGAAGGAAUGCAAAAGGAACCCAGUGCAAGAAGAGUUCACUGUAUGUUGAUUUUAAGGAUAUUGGGUGGGACUCUUGGAUCUUAGAACCACAAGGCUAUGAGGCGUACGAAUGCACAGGAGUCUGUACUUACCCCCUAACCAAACAUGUCACUCCAACCAAGCACGCCAUUGUACAGACUCUGGCCAGUCUUAAAAGUCCAAAAACUGUUUCCAGAGCUUGCUGUGUCCCUACAAAGCUUGACCCCAUCUCACUUCUCUACCUGGAUGAUGCAGGUGUUGUCACCUACCAGUACAAAUUUGAAGGCAUGGUGGUGGCAGAGUGUGGUUGCAGAUAGUCUUUAAAUGAUUUGGUUGGGAAGUUGUAAGGCUUGGUAAAAGACACUGAGAAAUGGAGACACUUCUAUGUGUAGGAGGAAAAGAGAAUGUUGUUCCAGGUCAACAGGAUAAAAUUAGAUCUCCCACAGUGGAACGUUUGUUCUUUCUUAACUUAACAUCAUGAAUCUAAUAAGAACUUUUCUGCCAUGGUGAUGACUUUGUAUCAAACCUUAAAAAAAAGGGACAGCAGAAAAGAAAGAAUUAUGAAAAUGAGACUAGAUUUGGAGCUUCUAUAUAAAUAUUGUCUUUGGUGAAAAUGUGCUUGAAGAAAUUUCAAGAAAUAAACUGGAAGGCCAAAUGUGCAAGUCAUGAAAACCCCCUAAACAGUGUCUAAACAGCUAAUUCCAGACUUAGGGGAAAGCAAUACAGCACUAAUUUAACUAAAUAAACUCCCUUGAGAUGACUACAGUCAUAGGCAGAAAACUAUUGGCAUGUUGCAUUAUAUUUCACGAUUUUCUGGGUGGAUAGUUGACCUAAACUGUUUAAAGUCAACACCUUUAUAUGUUAUAAGUUCUUUCUCGAAGCAGACAUCUCAGAAGCCUGGUUUUGGACAGCCUGUGAAACUGUAAGGUCACUCAGUCAAGGCUUCUGGAAACACCUAGUAUCCAGUCUCUGUUGCAUUGUAUCUACUUCCUUCUCUGCCCUGUGUCAAUACAAAGCUUCCUGCGUGACUGAAAGCAGUUGAUACAGGCCAUCCAAGGCAAAGCAACAUGGUUAUCUGAGAACUCUUUUUGAGCAACGGAAAUGUCUGAAAGUAACCAGAAUGAUCCAGCGUGAGAUGGUCAAACCAGUCAAUGCGAAAGAACUGAACUGUAUUCCUGUUUUUGUUUUGUAUGGACAUCCUCUGGACAUGCUAAGAUGUGUGGACCAAUAAUGGUCCAGGUAUCAGUUAGCGAUUGCUACUGCGAUGCCUAAACUGAGUCCAAAGAACAUUCCUCUGUUUAAUGCGCACAUGGUCAAUCAGAUUUAUGUAUUUUGAAAUUGUAUUUAUGUUUCGCUUCUUUCAUGCCUUACCUCAACUUUGUGUAAUUUGUAAAGAAACUUUGGAACUGUACUAUCCGGCCUAAGAAGUCAGCAAAAGAGCAGACUGAGGAAGUUGAAAGCUCUUUCGAAUGUCCGAGGCCCAGAAGACUUCAUCAUAAGGGUGCUGGUGGGUGUGAGGUGGAGGGGUAGAGGUUAUGGGGUUAUCUGCAUUCUGUUGCCUUGCAUGCCGUGAGAGUUAUGCUCCCAGGCUUUGAGCGCUCCCUGAUAAGAAGGUGUUGGGGCUGAGAAACAUGCAAGCGACUAUUUCAAGCAACAAGGGUUGUCAAGAUUCCACCAGGCGUAAAAACUGCUUCCCUGUAAUGUUCCCUGACUCCAAUCUCACUGCGGUUGUAUAGUACCUUAAAUGAGAUUUACGCUGCAUUUAGAAUGGAGGGCGUAGCCUUGAGGGUCCAACAACAGUGACAUGCUGUGGAACAGUUUGAUACCUUUCUCUAACUGCAUACUUUCCAUUUACACUUCUUCACAAAUCAAUGAACUAUCAAUUUAAAAAUGAAAGAAACAAAAGAAAAAACGCAAUAGGAAAUUAUUGGCAUGUUCGGUGCUAAAUCAACUAAAACAAACCUUUUUGCAUUAUUUACAACUGUAACAUUU